CGGUCCCUGAAGCAGCCGUUGGAACGCCGAGAAUAUGUUAGAAACAACUCCUGCAUCCCUUGGUCACACUCCACCACCACGCUCCGCACUACUGCCGUAGCCGCACACGCUGCCGAUCCGCAGGUCACUCGCCCUCCAACGUUCAUGGGCGACUUAUCUCUAGAUGCUGCGCGACCGUCGAGCAUCCUGACCCUCACUUACACCGACUCGUCUACCCGACGGCCGCCCUAGGCCUCCGCGUUCGCUCUUCUCAGCACUAUGGCCCCGUCCCCUCUCUUACAUCCACCGUCCUCGCCGCGGCCGAGCGAAGAAGCCGCAGACAGCGCGUAUCAUGGCGACCUAUCGAGUCCAAUACAAUCUCCAGCCAGCGUGGUUAGUGUAUGGAGCGAGGGCAAGAGACCGCGCAAUCGCUGGAGACAUGCGAUUGGAAUUAUACUGCUAUUGGCCACGGUCUUCCUGUGGACAGCGUCGAAUUUCCUAGCUAGUACUAUCUUCGCCGACGACUCCUACUCGAAACCCUACUUCGUAACCUACGUAAACACCGCUUUCUUCAUGAUACCCCUCAUACCUAUGCUUCUAAAGCAUGCCUGGGACGACCGCCAGAACACAGUAAAUCGGGAACCCAUUCUUGCGCAGGUCCGAGACCUUCUCCAACGCCGCGUAGGCCGGUACAAGCUCCUCCGCGACUACGAGUCCUCCGACUCUAUAACCUCUAAAUCCAGCCCCGACCGCAACUCCGGCACAACAUCCCUCCUCCUCGGUGACGAGCUAGGCGAAAGCCAGGAACUUUCGUCCAGCUUAAAGGACGCGCAAGAAGGCUUGACGUUAUGGGAGACGGCGAAGUUGGCCUUUGAGUUUUGCUUUCUCUGGUUUCUGGCAAACUACUUCGCGGCUGCGUGUUUGGAGUAUACGACGGUCGCCAGCUCCACAAUUCUCGCCUCUACGUCCUCCAUCUGGACACUCCUCUGCGGCUCUCUGCUCCGCGUUGAGCGCUUUACGUUGCGGAAGUUCAUCGGCGUAUGCGCUUCACUCGCCGGCGUCAUCCUCAUCUCCUCCAUCGAUGUUUCCGGCGAAACGGACGAGAACCGCGGCUCCUUCCCGCACAAGACACCGCGCGAGCUCGCCAUCGGCGACAUAAUGGCUUUCAUUUCCGCAGUCCUAUACGGAUUCUACGCUGUCCUGAUGAAGAAAAGGAUAGGCGACGAGUCGAAAGUGAACAUGCCGCUAUUCUUCGGUCUCGUGGGCACAUUCAACGUCAUCUUGCUCUGGCCAGGCAUGGUCAUUCUACAUCUCACCGCUAUCGAGACAUUCGAACUUCCGCCCACGAACCGCAUCCUCACCAUCGUACUCGUCAACUCCGCUUCCUCCCUCGUAUCGGACUUUUGCUGGGCGUACAGCAUGUUGCUUACCAGUCCGCUCAUCGUAACAGUCGGUCUUAGUCUGACCAUCCCGCUUAGCUUAGUCGGACAGAUGGUGCUGGAUAAGCAAUAUAGUAGCCCACUGUAUUGGGUAGGCGCACUUAUUAUGGUCGUCUCUUUCAUAUUUAUCAAUCACGAGGAUACGAAGGAUGAGGAGAGUGGGUUACAGGGCGCCGAGCCUAUAUUGAGUGUGAGAGAGUCCUUCCAGAGUCGAAGAGAUUCUAUCAGGAGUCGGAGAGACUCGGUGCGGAGUUCGAGAGCCGCAGUUUGAGCACUGUUUUUCAUAGUGGGUUGGAGUUUCGAUUAGAGUGCGGGUGCUGUAAAGCAAGGCGUUGUAGGCGUGUUCACAAUGGCUGCCUGCAUCUAGGAUAUGGGAGACAUGUCUGGUUUUUGCGGCAAUAGAAUAUUGCUAUCGAAUCUUUUAGAUUAUGCAAGGGUAUCUUGAAUUUUGUGAUUGCACUGCCCUCCGCCUAGAUAGCUUCGGCUUAGCGAUCGAGCGCAGGGACGCCAUCAGAUAGCUACU